CAGCUGUUCAUCCAUUGACCCCAUUCUCCUUCCUUUGCCUAUACAUCGCCUGUAAACGCACGAUACCACAUCCCCCCAUUGUAUUGUAAAUUUACUCUACGCCACAAAUGGCGGAUCAGGCGAGCUUUACGGAAAAAAGAAAUGCGAGAGUUUUCGCAAAAAGAAGGCAUCUACAACAUCAAUUAACUUCACCGCUGCCUUCGCCAUCUCCUACCGGCAACAUCUCCACCAAAGUCUUGCAUGCUUUCAAGUCGCAAUCCACUCCUCAAUCUGCAUCGUCUCUGAACUCCUCUACUCGCUCUAAUAGUUUGAACUCCUCCAUCUUAUCCACUCUGAAGGCCUUAGAUACUUCGCAUUAUCCUCUUGCCGAAACAAUGACACCUCCGGCCAUGAAGGCUUUAUCUUUCGAAAAUGAUAUUCUCUGGGCACCAUCUGAUAUGAUAGAACCUUUGCAAGAAGCGCCGAUGAUCAAUACCUUGCCUGUAUCAGACGAUGAAAUGAAAGAAGAGCAAAUAUCGUCCAGUUCGAGAAAACGGCGAGCUUCCUCUCUCUCAGUGCAUACAGAAUCGUUCUUUUCAGACGAAGAUAUGGAACCUGUAGAAAUCACUAAGCGUGUCCGUACUAGAGCUGAAGUUGUGAAUGACGCAGACGAAUCCAGCCGGACACCGCAUUCACUUUCAGAAUACGAUACAGAUGAUGAACCAUCCCAAGAACUUACAAUAGCUACCACGUCGCUGGAUCAAGAUAGCUGUGGCAGUCCAAAUUCCGCAUUUCCCUCUCCUUCGCCGUCCCCUAUAGUUUCUUCUACCGAGCCUCACCAAAAUUUUACCUCUUAUUUCGACGCUGCUCUGACUGGCCGUACUUUACAUAGCUCAAAUACCCCACGACCAAUCCGCAAUCUUCCAAGCAUUCUUUCCACAUUUGAUACCCUCCCACAAGCAACACAGUCCUAUCUUUUAUUCCAAUUACUUAGGCGUUCAUCGACUACGACACUACAAUUUGUGAAUGCUCUGGUCAUCCCUGCUUUGAAAAGGGAUUUCCUGGCCUCUUUACCAUUCGAACUAUCGCUUCAUAUUCUGAGAUAUCUAGAUGUGGUGACACUCUGUCGCGCUGCACAAGUAUCCAAAAAGUGGCGAAUGGUCGUAGAUGCCGAUGCAACGAUAUGGCGGCAAAAUAUCGAAAGAGAUGGAUUUAAAUUUACCUUAUCCGAAGUCAGACAAGUUGUUGCACGGCAAGCGGCAACAAGAGCGGCAAGAAAACAAAAGAUGAUUGUUUUGAGCGAUCAUAGAGAUAGCUCGGCCAUAGCUACCAUGGAUGUCGAUGACCCUGAAGAGUCUCGACUGUUGCGAAAAGUCAUUGCCGAAAGCGAUCACAUUUGCGUCAAUAACACCGAUGACGCCGCCUUAGCUUCUCAAGGCACUCCUACUUCCAGCAGUUCUAUGUCAGGUACAUCUGCUCCGUUAGAGCCAUCUACUCCUCAUCCUUACAAGGAAAUCUAUCGAAAACAUUUCAUUAUACGACAAAAUUGGAAACGUGAUAGAGCUACACAUAUAUCAUUUCAAGGCCAUGCAAACAACGUCGUCACUUGCCUUCAGUAUGAUGACGAUAAAAUUAUAUCGGGAUCGGAUGACCGCUGUAUUAAUGUCUACGAUACCAAUACUGGAAAACUGCGAAAAACUAUGAGUGACCAUGAAGGCGGUGUCUGGGCUCUUCAAUACGUUGGCAAUACCUUAGUGAGCGGGUCAACCGAUCGCACAGUCCGAGUUUGGGAUAUUGAACGAGGCACUUCCACUCAUGUAUUUCCCGGACAUACUAGUACCGUUCGCUGCCUUCAAAUUGUCAUGCCCGAGAUGAUCGAUGGUCGUCUGCAACCAUCUCGGCCACUCAUUGUGACUGGUUCAAGAGACUCUACUUUACGAGUUUGGCGUUUACCCGACCCAGUCAAUGAUGAACCUUACCUCACUCACAGUCCUAACAAUCCAUGGUUUAUGCAUACCUUAGCUGGCCAUACUCAAUCCGUACGAGCUAUAGCCGCUCGAGGCAAUCUCCUAGUCAGUGGGAGCUACGAUUAUACUAUGCGUCUUUGGAACAUUGAGACUGGCCGACUAAUUCACUUGAUGGAAGGCCAUACACAGCGGGUGUAUUCAGUUGUUCUGGAUAUAGACAACCGUCGCUGUAUGAGUGGUAGUAUGGAUUCCACUGUGCGGAUCUGGAGUCUAGACGAUGGCAGUUGCCUCAACGUACUUGAAGGCCACUCCAUUCUCGUCGGUCUUUUGCAUCUCACUCCAAACCACUUGGUGUCAGCGGCAGCUGAUUCAACUCUUCGCAUUUGGUCCACUGAAACUGGUAUUUGCGAACACGUACUAUCUGGCCAUCAAGCUGCCAUCACUUGCUUUCAGCACGAUGAAAACAAAGUGGUUUCAGGAUCUGAGGGCGGACUUAAGCUCUGGGAUAUUAAUACCGGACAACUGGUUCGUGACUUGAUCACCAAUGUAACCGGAGUAUGGAGAGUUGCAUUUGAUGAAAGACGGUGCGUUGCUGCCGUUAAUAGGAACAACGUAACGUGGUUUGAAGUGCUUGACUAUGGCGUUCAAGGCUUUGAAGAUGAUACCGAGAUAAUAUGAAAUCCAAUCAAAAAAUUUGAUACCAAACUGCAUAGCGAUCCUCUGCCGCUUCAUUUCUGUUGUUUAAGCUUUUUUUCUUCCUUUUUGCUGUUUUCCUGCUUCCGUCCCUUCCUUGCUCCUGAUAUUUGAUACCCUUUUUUGUUCUCAUCUUUAUUUUAUACAAGACAAUUGCAAAGAAUAAAAUGAAAACGAAAAGAUGAAUCCAACCAU